CAAUUAUGCAAAGCCCUCUCCUCAACUCUACACAACUCUACUUUUGUAUUCUUCUACUUAGGACGUGAGAUGGAGAAAUUAGGAGGCAAAGGAGGAGUUGCUAAUGAAGAAACGACGAGCACCAUGCGAACUGCAGAGACCAUUCUGCGUCUUAUACCAAUGGCUUUAUGCCUCUCUGCUCUCGUUCUUAUGCUUAAGGACUCUCAGUCAAAUGAUUUCGGCUCUCUCUCUUACUCUGAUCUUGGGGCUUUCAGGUACUUGGUGCAUGCGAAUGGCAUAUGUGCUGGAUAUUCCCUUCUCUCAGCCAUCAUUGUAGCCAUGCCUCGACCAUCCACCAUGCCCCAGGCCUGGACAUUCUUCUUCCUCGACCAGGUGUUGACAUAUGCGAUUCUGGCGGCCGGAGCUGUGUCAGUGGAGGUGUUGUACUUGGCAAGAAAGGGAGACAUGGCCAUCACCUGGAGUGCAGCUUGUAUGUCUUUCGGCGGAUUCUGUUACAAGGCCACAACAUCUGCAGUGAUAACAUUUGGUGCAGUAGCUUUCUACGCGGUGCUUUCUCUUGUGUCCUCCUACAAACUUUUCAGCAAAUACAGCGCACCAGCGCUCACCUACCCAGGCAACAAGGCUAUGGAGAUUGCAGCUUUCCAGGGCUAAUUAAGAAUUUCACCUCCAUCACAAUAACAACCCAAGUGUCAAAUUCAUCUACUUUAUUAUAUGUGAAACUGCGUACCCUUUUACUUUCAUGUGCUAAUAUAUCAAUUACAUCUUUACAAAAACCUUUAACUUCAAAA